AUCUGACUGAGCUCGGCGCUGGCUCCGAUUCGUAUUUGGCGGGAAAUCCGCCCCUCGACUCAACCUCGGCAUCUGACUCUACCGCUCUUGCCGUCCAGGGAGCUAUCGGAAUAUCUGCCACUACUUUGAGAUGGCCAGCAACAUUGUUCUGGAGGUCGAUCGAACCACGUUUAGCUUUGGAGAGGCGUUCUUUUGCCGCUUCUCGCUCGAAGAGGAGAUCAUCCAGACUAUGUAGCGUAUCGCCCACGCAAGGGCUGUGUCUGUCCAGGCGGACUUUUGACGAGUACCGAAUUCCGCCGCCAGCCCACUUACCACCUCGUCUUUCGACUCCGUGUUCCUGCCGCCUCUUCCUCCCAUCAUUCUGCGUCGGCGCCAUUCUCCUUCGUCUGUGGUCCACCCCCGCUGGACUCGCGAGAGCUAACCCGUAGUGACCAACCCGACGACUCUCGACUCCUUCCCAUGUUUACAGCCUGCAGUAUCUUCAGAACGAGCACAUCAUGUACGAGAUCAAUAUGUCGUCCAAGACAGCCCUCUUCUUUGACAGGCUGUACGAGGCAGAUAGGGCCUCGUCGUCCCGCGCCAACAACACAGCAUUACUACCGCCCGAGGCCAACGCGGGCUACGACAACUCCAUGACGCGGGCAAACCAUUCGGCUUCUGCAUUCAGCGCCGCAUCUGUAGGCUCGCACGGGCGGUCCUAUUCGCAUGCCGAUCUGACAAGUCGGCUCCUGGAAUCCUCCGGCACAUCGUCCUAUCCUGCUGUCCUGGCACCCAAUUCCCACCACAACCUCGAUCACACCAACGGUCACCGCGAAAGCGGCAAGCUCAACACGAGUGCUCACAGCGCCCAGCCAGCCACAAGCGCAUUCCUGGAAAGCAGCAGCAGCGCCUGGGCGCGCCACUCCGAAACACGUCCCGAGUUUGAGAGCCGAUCGACUUUUCAGUCGCCCGAGUUUUUGGCAAAGUCAGGGACAAAUUUCAACACCUCGAUUGUAUCGAGUCGCACAGAAUUUAUCGCCAUAGACCAUCCCGUCCGAUCCACACUUGCGCAGGGCUCCGAGUCCGGAAGCAUCGUUACCCCGCGCUCCUACUAUGUCCGCAGCGACUCGGCUCGCUCUCGGUCACCGCCCGUGUCAUCCUAUCCGCAUUCCCAGUCCCACGAUGCCCCGCUACCGCCCACACGGCCAAGCCAUCAUUCGUACCUGCCGCCGUCCUCCAGAUCGGCAGUUGCACCCGAGCCAAACGGACAUCUGCCCACGUACCAUCCGCCGGUAUCCUCAGACAAUCCCCCCGUGGCUCUCACAGGACAGGGAUGGGUCGAUCGAAGCGUCCCACCCUCAUCCAAGUCAUCGUAUCACCUAGAUUCGGCAACGCAUCACUCGCAUUUCGUCGGACCGAGCCGAGAGCCAUUUACCGGGCGAGGGCCACUCUAUCCGCCAUCAUCAUCCGCAGCCCCGAUGCGGAUAUCGAGUAUCGCCUCGCAUGACUCUACGACACCGCCGCUCCAUCCGUCGAUGGCCAUCAAGGAUAGAGCUGAGGGGUGGGAGCGGCUACCCCCGACCUGGGACUCGAGCCACGUCAGCCGCCCUCCAAUUCCAUCCUAUUCCACCAAUCACACCCACGCCGUCAGCGGCGACGACCCUCGCAUGGAUGCCUCGGGCGAUCGGGCGUCCAGCGUCUUGGCGACCGACCACUCGGUGGAGCGCAACGACCACCCAGAUCUACACGGCGUUGCAUCUCCGCUCUCGAUCAAGUCCAACGGAUCGGCACACGACAGCCAUGCGGAUGAGCACCAGUCGAGCCACGCUGCGGCAGCGUCGUUCGAGGAGGAGCAGAAACGCAAGAGCCGCGAUGCAAGCGCGCGUUACCGCAAGCGAAAGAAUCAGGAAUUUGAGGACCAGAAGAAGACCAUUUCCAAAUUGAAAGCUAUGGUCCAGUCGCUCGAGACCGAAAACACGGUCCUCAAACGACACAUCAAGGCGCUCAUGAGUAACAAAGACCAGAGCAAGGCACCCGCCGAGCCGACCGGCUCGAAGGACUCAGCCCGUCCGCCCAGUGAUCCUGCCUAGAAUGUUCGAUCUGGUGCACUGCGACCGAUCUGCAAUCUUGUCAACUCGCGAAUGCCCGUAUCAGCUCCAACAGGCCGCACGAGGGCUUUGGCUGGUUGCGGCGGCGACGGCAGCCAGGGUUCCAGCCCUGUCACCCGCUCUGCUUCGUUGAGAUCCCACUUGGCGGUGUGCUGCCUCCGCCUCUGAUACUGUCCCGUCCUUCCUAGUCGCUCUAAUCCCUCGAUUGGAGUGAAUGUCCCUGCAAAUCGGAGGGUGCCUCUGCUUCCCUUCCCUUCCCUUCCCUUCCCUUCCCUUCCCUUCCCUU